AUGUCACAUGAGGAGGAGCCUCAGUCACACCUGCUUCCUGUCGGUUCAGGGACGGCUUCACUCCACAGAACUCUGACAGCAGGGCAGGAACCUAGAGCAGGAACCCAGAGCAGGAACCCCAGAGCAGGAACACAGAGCAGGAACACAGAGCAGGAACCCAGAGCGGGAACCCAGAGCAGGAACCCAGAUCAGGACCCCAGAGCAGGAACCCAGAGCAGGAAACCAGAGCAGGAACCCCAGAGCAGGAACACAGAGCAGGAACACAGAGCAGGAACACAGAACCGGAAUCCAGAGCAGGAACCCAGAGCAGGAACCCAGAGCUGGAACCCAGAGCAGGAAACCAGAGCAGGAACACAGAGCAGGAACACAGAACCGGAAUCCAGAGCAGGAACCCAGAGCUGGAACCCAGAGCAGGAAACCAGAGCAGGACCCCAGAUCAGGACCCCAGAGAGGGAACCCAGAGCGGGAACCCAGAGCAGGAAACCAGAGCAGGACCCCAGAUCAGGACCCCAGAGAGGGAACCCAGAGCGGGAACCCAGAGCAGGAAACCAGAGCAGGACCCCAGAUCAGGACCCCAGAGAGGGAACCCAGAGCGGGAACCCGGAGCAGGAACCCGGAGCAGGAAACCGGAGCAGGAACCCGGAGCAGGAACACGGAGCAGGAACCCGGAGCAGGAAACCGGAGCAGGAACCCGGAUCAGGAACCCGGAGCAGGAAACCGGAGCGGGAACCCGGAGCGGGAACCCGGAGCGGGAACCCGGAGCGGGAACCCAGAGCGGGAAACCGGAGCGGGAACCCAGAGAGGGAACCCAGAGCAGGAACCCAGAGCAGGAACCCAGAGCAGGAACCCAGAGCAGGAACCCAGAGCUGGAACCCAGAGCAGGAGUGUGAGAACAAACAAGCAGAAGAGAAGGAGUGGAGACAAACAUUAACAUCUGGGACUCGAGCACAAGUUUCUUGUGAGAGAAAAGAGGUUUGA